AUGAAGGUUGCCAUCAUUACAUAUUCGACUUACGGUCACAUUGAUGCUCUUGCCCAAGACGUUAAAAAGGGUGUUGAAAAAGCUGGAGGGAAAGCUACUGUAUACAGGGUGAGUGAAACUUUACCUGAGGAAGUUUUACAACAGAUGAAUGCGCCAGAAAAGCCAGAAGAUAUCCCAGUUGCUACACCGGAAACUUUAUCUAAAUAUGAUGCCUUCUUAUUUGGUGUUCCAACCAGAUUUGGUACUGUUCCAGCUCAAUGGACUGCCUUUUGGGAUGCUACUGGUUCCUUGUGGGCUAAUGGUGAAUUGAAUGGUAAAGUAGCUGGUUUUUUCGUCAGUACCUCUACUUAUGGUGGUGGUCAAGAAUCCACUGUUAAGAACUGUAUGUCAUAUUUAGUCCACCACGGUAUUAUUUAUAUUCCAUUGGGUUAUAAGACUGCUUUUAGUGAUAUUGCUAAUAUUGAAGAAAUACACGGUGGUUCACCAUGGGGUGCUGGUACUUUAGCUGGUGCCGAUGGGUCUAGACAAGUUUCUUCAUUAGAAUCUAGAAUUGCAUUUGUUCAAGGUGAAAGUUUCUAUGAAGUUGCCUCUAAGAUAGUUGGGGGUAAAUCAUCUAAAACUGCUGCUGCUGGUUCUGCUGCUGCUGCUGGUACCGGCGGUGCUACCAAGAAGGCUGCUGCUAAACAAAAUAACGGUUCCUCUAACUCUGGUUCCAAGCCUGCAGCUAGGGAAAAUAGAGCUGUAUCUAAGGCAGACAAUAAGACUGAAAAUGCCAAGUCUAGUGAUUCUGGCAAAUGCUGUAUCAUUAUGUGA